AUGAUUCCACCUUCCAAAGAUUCUCGUAUUCUUCUUGAUCGGCUUUCCCAUUGCCGCUACGGGCAUCCCGACCUUAACAAGGCAAAAGAGUUCUUUACCGACUUUGGCUUGGUCCCUGUCCUGGAGAAAAAUGAAAAGAUUUACUUCCGCGGCUUCGGCAAAGACCAAUUCUGCUAUGUCGCGGAGAAAACAAACGAUGGUAAAAGGAAAUUCAUGGGAGGUGCUUGGGUUGUGCAGUCCAUGGAUGAAUUAGAAAAGGCUGCGAAGCUUCCUGGAUCGACACCAAUCCACGACUUUGACGCCCCGGGAGGAGGAAAAGUGGUUAUUAUCAAGGACCUUUUGGGUGAAGAGGUGACUUUGAUCUAUGGGCAGCAGGAUCGAGUUCCAGAACCCAGAGACAUUCCUAAGCCGGUAAUGUGGAAUACCUGGGAUGACAAAAAGCGAUUUGGUGAAUUUCAACGUCCAGAUCGAGAUAUACCAUCCAAGUGUCACAAGCUCGGUCACUACGGCUUUGAGGUAAAUGUAGACCGACUCCAAGAGGUUUUUGACUGGUACAGCAAGACGUUCAACUUGAAGAAAACCGACAGUUUGUUUCAGCAACAGAGCAACAAGACCGUCAUGAUCUUCAUUCAUCUCGAUAAGGGCAAAGAAUAUGUCGACCACCAUAAUAUUUUCAUCGCAGGCUCGCCCGAGAUCAACGAGGGUAUAAAGGCACAUCACAUCAGCUUCGAGGUUGAUAAUGUGGAUAGCCAGAUCGUCGGUCAUCACUACCUGCGCCGCAAAGGGUACAUCAAUGUUUUUGGAGUGGGAAGACAUGUUCUGGGCAGCCAGAUUUUUGACUACUGGUUUGAUUCAUCUGGCUUCAUUGUAGAGCACUAUGUCGAUGGCGACCUUGUGAAUGAAGACUCUCCGCACGCAGACGAGCCUGCUGUUGCUGCCACGGUGUCGAGCUGGGGUCCUGAGAUCCCAAAGGCCUUCUUUACGAAGAAGAUUGAAGAUUUACCAGGAAUUACAGACGUUCCGAGCGUACCUAUUGAAGCGUAA